GCGAGGAGGCUGGACACAGGAGUUUUCAGGUCAAGUGUGUGAGCGGCGAGGGAGGAGAGAAAGCGAGAAGAAGGAGAAGAUGCUCCUGUAUGAAGAGUCCAGGGGAUGAAGACGAGGCAAAUGUAUGAGUUGCUUUUUCUUUUCCUGAGGAUGUUGUCAGCCUCACACUCUUUAUAGGCGCAACUGACGAGAUGGGGACCGUCAGUGAGCUGUGCGCGUCCAGCUUUCAGGCGUUUUUGUGUUCCACGGUGCGAGCUCUGGAGGCUGCCGCUGCUGCUUCAGUGCCCGAUGACCUCAGCCCAGAAGAGAGACAGGAGCUGGAGAGCAUCCGCCGCAGAAAAGAAGAACUACUGCAGGACAUACAAAGGCUGAAGGAUGAGAUAGCUGAGGUGACAAAUGAGAUUGAAAACUUGGGCCUGAGUGAAGAAAGGAAAACCAUGCAGAGGAACAAACAGAUGGCCAUGGGCCGAAAGAAGUUCAAUAUGGACCCCAAAAAGGGGAUCCAAUUCCUGAUUGACAGCUCUCUGCUUAAAAACACCAGCGAAGACAUCGCACGGUUCCUCUACAAGGGCGAGGGCCUGAACAAGACGGCCAUCGGCGACUACCUGGGGGAGAGAGACGACUUCAACAUCGAGGUGCUGCACGCCUUCCUGCAGCUGCACGAGUUCACGGACUUGAACCUGGUCCAGGCUCUCCGGCAGUUCCUCUGGAGCUUCCGGCUGCCGGGCGAAGCGCAGAAGAUCGACCGCAUGAUGGAGGCGUUCGCCCAGCGAUACUGCCGCUGUAACCCCGGCGUGUUCCAGAGCACAGACACGUGUUACGUGCUCUCCUUCGCCGUCAUCAUGCUGAACACCAGCCUGCACAACCCAAACGUGAAGGACAAACCCUCCGUCCAGAGAUUUACAGCGAUGAACCGAGGGAUUAACGACGGAGGAGACCUGCCAGAGGAGCUUCUGCGGAACCUGUUUGAAAGCAUCAAGAACGAACCCUUCAAGAUCCCCGAGGACGACGGCAACGACCUGACGCACACCUUCUUCAAUCCUGACCGGGAGGGCUGGCUGCUCAAACUGGGAGGUGGUCGAGUGAAGACCUGGAAGAGGCGCUGGUUUAUUCUCACAGAUAACUGCCUUUACUACUUUGAGUUCACAACCGACAAAGAACCCAGAGGGAUCAUCCCGCUGGAAAAUCUGAGCAUCAGAGAAGUGGAUGACUCAAAGAAACCGAACUGCUUCGAGCUCUUCAUCCCGGACCACAGAGAUCAGGUGAUCAAGGCCUGCAAGACGGAGGCGGACGGCCGCGUGGUGGAAGGCAACCACACUUUUUACAGAAUCUCCGCGCCCACCGUGGAGGAGAAGGAAGAGUGGAUGAGCAGCAUCAAAGCCGCCAUAAGCAAAGACCCCUUCUACGAGAUGUUGGCCGCCCGCAAGAAGAAGGUGUCGUCCGCCAUGAAGGGCGUGUAGCAGCUUCAACAAACACGGACCUGAAGUCGAGGUUUAACAAACCACAAUCUAUUGCACCUUUACGUGACGGCAGCACUUUUUAUUUCCAGGCUGCAGAAUUAUUACCUUCACAUGUUUUGGUCUUGUUGAGACUCAGGGUUUGUUGCUUCUCCAGGUGAGAAGCUGACACAUCACUAAGUAGAAUUUCAUCAACUGGAACAAUCUCCUUUCAUCUCAGACUUUUGCAAAGCCUCCAAACUUGAGCGUUCUUCCUCCACUUCUUGUUCUUGCAUUCUAAGCACACAUUGGUGGGAAUGAUGCUAAAGCGUUGAUAUUUAUUAUUAUUUGUCCUUAUUUAUUGUUUAUCUCAUUAAACGUUUACAACCAGUCAAA